UACAACCUUUCCAAAGUAUUGUCAGAGGAUCAUGUUGAAGUUGAACCACCAGACUCGGCCAAAUAACAGAAGAGCAAGGAGAAGUAGGGUAGUACUUACUCAAUGUUGGCAAAAUAUGCUUGAGGCUCUUUUGCCAAGUCAGGUCGUGCCCGGCGUCAGGUCGCCCUCGCAAAAGUAUUUGGUAACGUCGCUUUAUUCUAAAAACCAAUUUCUUUCCAACCCUCAUUUUCUCGAGCUCAGAGGACAUAGAUCACUCACUAGCAACAUUUCGAAAAAGAGAAACAAAAUGACGGCAAGAAGUUCAUCCGCGACGAGCAGUGGGAAUGGCAAUACAACAGUGCACGUCGACCAGCAGAGGAUACGAAACGACCCGAAGACGUCGAGCAGCGAAGGGACUACAGAUGAAUCUUUCCACCUGUUCGCAGCCUGGUGCGACAGCAUACUGUGGAAUGCACAGCUCCAUCGUGGCUGGCGUUUGGAGCGGUACCUGAUUCACGACUAUGACACCAAGAAUCUCGGUACCAGGCAGAUGGAGAAACAAAUAAUAACAGGCAAAAGGAAUGAAAAUGAAAAAAGCCACGAGGAUCUGUCUCUGUCACCAGACGACGACCUGCGCGCUGCCUGGGAACACGACAUGCAGGCACUUGCAGCCACAAGUCGGCUGGUAUAUCGAUGCAAUGGGUCCGCGAGGUGGACGAGAAAAGCUACUGACGAGGCUGAAGAUGAAGUAGAAGAAGAUUCUGCUCACAUAAGAGUAAGUCGAAGCGACGAGAGGACGGAUCAAACACAACCCGACACGUCCUCAUCAUCUUCCGUGUGGCUUGAUUACACAGAGGAAGGCAGUUUCCAUUGUGAGAAGCAGGAGAAUAUCAAAGGGGACCACUUCCACCAGGUGGGGCGUGGUGCCACUAAUGCAACGGGCACAACUAGGUCAUCUUUGCCGUUCCAACAGACGUACAGGUGGCAUGUAGGGAAAAGACGGUCUUCAUCAACAGGCCAAGGUCGUCAAACUGGCUCUGUUCCAGGUGGAGGCGCCGCGAGCUCAAUUGACGGAAGUCCGACCGGCGAACCUGACGCAAUGGAUGAUCAACUACCCGCCGAAGCUCCUCUUGUAGACUUUGCCUCCAUUUACGAGCACAACAAGAGUGCGAACGGGGGCAGCGGAGGUGGGUUGAGCGUCGCCGAAACGCUGCGCCAAACGCCGCUAGCGCAGUUCGAGUCGGGUUCAUCAAGUGGAAGUAGAAACGUCCAACGUGGUGAGGAUAAUCCAAAUGAAAUGAAUCAAAGUUCUGUAAAGAACCCAAACGAAGAUGCAAGGAUAUCACCUCUCUGGCUAUCAGCGGUGCAGAACACUACAGGGGGUUUCCUGUGCGGAAAGGAUCGUUACGAAGCGUGGCUCCGACUGCCAAGAAGAAUAUCAUACCAAAAAGUGUUAACGUUAACGGAAUUUGGCAUGCAGGAAUGCACGAGAAAAGACGCCCAAAUUUGUAUUGCAUAGCAUGGAUGAUAGCGAAAAUUUGUCAUGCAUGACUGCAAUGCCCCAAAACCGUUAACGUUAGCACAUUUUUGGUUGAUAAAGAACUAUGGGUAGUGUUGAUAAAGAACUGCCGAAGCCGACAAUAAAGUCCUUCCGACUGCGGUACAGAAUACGCGGGCCAAACAAGAACUACAUAAGCGAUACCGUGUAUGUUUGCGAUGACAGUUGAUGGAUCAAGUUCAAGUGAGAAAAGUUUCACGGACGACGUUGACCUCGUGGCAGUUACGAACGAAGCGAAAGCGCCGCGGCAUUUUUGCUGCACUGAAUUCAGUAUCGGUCUGACAGUAAACGAAAC